GCAAACGCCGCACUCCGCAGUAUUUCUGAAUGAAUGCAGUUACAGAUAGGCUCGGAUAUGGGCUUUACGCAGAGACAGGCACACACUUAUCCUGGUAACCAACCGAGGUGAAUGAGGAGAGAAAUCCCUGUUGAGGCGCUGCAGACAUGGGCAGACAGGAGGCCGACUAUGUGUGGAAGAAGACCACCGAAAACAUACAGGAGGUCUUUGAGUUUAUGGAGGAGCUUGGAUCAGGGGCGUUCUCAGAGGUGUACAUGGUGAAAGAAAAGAAGACGGGGAAGACUUUUGCCAUGAAAUGUGUGAAGAAGAAACAGAAGAGAGACCUGAACCUGGAGAACGAGAUCGCUGUUCUCAGGAGGAUCAAACAUGAGAAUGUUGUUGGGAUGGAGGACUUGUAUGAGAGUCCCACUCACUACUACCUCAUCAUGCAGCUUGUAUCUGGAGGAGAGCUGUUCGACCGGAUCUUGGACCGUGGGGUUUACUCUGAACAGGAUGCCAGUAAAGUGAUCCAGCAGGUGCUCCAGGCUGUAGGAUAUCUGCACCAGAACGGAGUCGUGCACCGAGACCUCAAGCCGGAGAACAUCCUGUACUACAGCCAGGACGAGGACUCCAAGAUCAUGAUCAGUGACUUUGGUCUUUCCAAGAUGGUGGACAACGGCAUCAUGUCCACAGCCUGUGGCACUCCUGGAUAUGUGGCUCCUGAGGUGUUGGCUCAGAAGCCCUACAGUAAAGCAGUGGACUGUUGGUCUAUUGGAGUCAUCACUUACAUCCUACUGUGUGGAUAUCCUCCUUUUUACGAAGAGACUGAGAGUCGACUGUUCUCCAAAAUCAUGAAGGCCCAGUAUGAGUUUGAUUCCCCGUUCUGGGACGAGAUCUCUGAAUCUGCUAAAGACUUCAUCCGAAACAUGAUGCAGAAGAACCCAAGCAUGAGAUUCACAACAGAGCAGGCCCUCAGACAUCCCUGGAUAAUCGGAAAGACGGCACGGAGCCAGGACAUCUACUACUCUGUCAGCGUCCAAAUUCAGAAGAACUUCGCCAAAUCCAAGUGGAAGCAAGCCUUCAACGCUGCAGUGGCCAUAAACCACAUGAAGAAACUGCAUCUCGCCCACACCAGUAUCCCCGCCAUCCAGGUGACCGACGCGUCCUCUCCGACCCGCAAACGCAAACAACAGGAGCGACAGGAGCAACGGGAGCAUCAGGGGCGACAGGAGCAACAGGGGCGACAGGAGCAUCAGGAGCCCGCACCUGCCGAAACCGAUGGGACAUCCAGCUACAUGACCCUGCCCCCCGUCCCUGACCCGUCUCAGGGGGAGUCCAGAAGCUCUGCCCCUUGCCUGAAGACUACACAGAGCCACCACACACCCACCAUCGCAGAGCAGGGCAAGACCGCCUUCUACUCCGAGCCAGCCAAUCUCAAUGGAUAUGCUAAAACUCGCUGUGGUAAAACUGUGCAGACUGGUGUGUGCUCUGUCAUGUGAGGAGUCAAAGGGGAGGAUGGACUCACUUUUUUACCUGGUCAUGGUCGACUUUGACAGCUCUCCCAGGACUGAGACAGGAGCAUGGACCUGAAGCCACUGGACUUCUGUAGACUGUGUUCAUGCAACGUCAUCAUGAACCUUUAGAAUAACAUUGAAGUGGAGGACAGCGGAGAAUUCUACGGUAGAAUUUGCUGUUAAAAUGCAGAUUUGUUGACCUAGGUUGUGGUUAAUAUCUCUGUAAUUACU